UCCAUGGACUUUGUUGAUGAUACUCUAUUUGUUCAUCAAAAAAACAAAUAUAAUAUCAUUAACAAAAUCAUGAUCAUUGCCUUAAUUUCAAUAUGUAUAGUUGUUUUUCUCGUUACUAUUCUUCGUAUGUACAUCAGAUGUCGUCAGGCCCAAGACCGGGCGACACUCUACACUACUAGAAAUACUCGAAUUUCCGACUUGACAAGUGUAUCGUGGGUUGAUCCACCCAAAAAUGGUCUUGACCCGACCAUCAUAACUUCACUACCAUUAUUUCUUUAUAAGAGAAAUGAUCAUCAUGAUGAUAUUAUUGAGUGUUCAAUUUGUUUGAGUAUUAUUGAAGAUGGUGAAUUGGUUAGGGUUUUGCCUAAUUGUAAGCACAAUUUUCAUGUUGAGUGUAUUGACAAAUGGUUCAAUUAUCACUCAACGUGCCCCAUAUGUCGCACCGAGGCGGAACCGCGACUAUUGCCCGAGCCUAGAGAGGGCUUUGUUAGUCCUAUGCCACCUUGAGAGUGGCAGAUCAAGAAUUUAGACGAUGCGAGAGAUGAUCUUCACAAAACGUAUAUCUAAAUCUAUUUAUACACGAGUUUUUGCCAUAUCGAUAUGUGCGGACACAUGUAUAUAAAAGGAGUUCGAAUUUAAACCCAUGGUUGAA